AUGCCCGAGUUCUACGGCGGGUCGUCGUCGGAAGUCUUGGAAGCUAUACAAGCUCGGUCGAAGUCGUCUGAGACCGACGAAGCCGGGACAGAUCUCUCGUCUCCAGAGAACAGAGCGCUGCUCUGGCUUGGAAGCAGAUCGGGGCUGACAUUCGGAAAGGCCGCUGGUGCUUUACUACCCCCGAAAGUGGUUGCCAUGGAAUAUGUGCACCGCUAUUUUCAGACAGCACAUCGCAUUUUUCCUAUCCUAGACAAGAGACUGUUCGUUAACUCUACCGUCGACUACUACAACGGGUUGCCUACGGAGGGCAAAGGGUAUGAAUCAUGGACGGCCGUGAUGUAUAUGGUCAUUGCCCUUGGCCACCAGUACAGCCUGGUCGACCCGGAUCCGGAGGUUCGCAGACGUGCACUUAAUUCGCCCGAGGAUGGAGAGGUAUGCUUCCAACUGCUCAAAGCGUGUCUCAAUGACGUUCACUUUGCUGGUGGAGACAUUUCUGCAGUGAACUCCCUGCUGCUCGCCUUUCUGUGGCUAUACAAUCAACAUCGGCUGCACGAAGGCUACAUGGUAUUGGGAACCGCCGCACGCAUUGGGUAUGGCAUAGGACUGCACAGAAAUCUCAAGAUGGAUCCAGAUCAAGGCCUCCAUAUCAUGCCGCACGUCAUGGGGUGGUGCUCGUCCUUCUGGUGUCUAUUUACUUACGAAAGAGAGAUGGUCGCCUUGCUCGGUCGGCCAUGCGCAAUCGAGGCGCACGAGUUCGAUAUCAAUACCUUCCCACUCGAAGAAUCUUCAGUCGAGCUUCAGUAUCUGGAACGAAUGCGACAAUUUGCGGCGAUAACCUGGAGUGCGUACGAUCAAAUCUAUUCACUUUCCCUAAAGCACUUAGGCCUGUCUGAGCGAAGUGACGCACUAAGGAAGACCGACGAAGCGUUCGAGCGCUGGUUCAACAGCUGGUUCCUGGACUGCACAUGGGCUAAGGAACCUCAUGGGCUUGUGAUUCGGCUACGCUUCCUUCAUUCAAGGCUUCUCUUGUACCGCGCAUUCUUGAGCAUCCUCGUACAAGGUGCCCGCCGACAGGAGAAGGUAUCGAACGAGUUGAAAGAACUUGCCGCCGUUUCUGUUCGAAUUGCCGUCGAUAUUGUUAUUAUAAUUGUGGACGACAUUUAUCCUGCGGCACGUUCGAGUGGCACUCUGCAGGGUAUACUGUUCCACGCCGUUCUGUAUCUCUGGAAUGCCGUGGUGUCACUCCUGUUCGUUGCAAGCUCUCGAGUUGUGCAACAACUUCUUGAAUCCGAAUUACAAGGCAUCAACAUACUAGACACUAUCGCGCAUGGCACUCGCAUCUUCGAGGCAUACUCUGACACUGUCGCAUCUGCACGAAUCGCACUGCAGAAAAGCCACACAAUCCUGGACAAGAUGAGUCCCGACUCGACAAGCCUUGUGAAGCCGAAUGGGGCAGGCAUGGCAGUCGCAACAACACCGGAUUCUUGUGAAAAAACAGGAAUCUCUCCCUCGCAGAACGAUCUUGGGUCUACCGAGUCGGCCCUACCGGAGACAGAACUCGAUUGGGCAGAAUUUGAUACAACCCUCGACGACUUCAAUAACUUUGAGCCCUUCUUCAGUAUGGGCAGCUGA